AUGUCAGGAGUGUGGAUGUUCAAGAGCAACGGGGUGAUCCGCCUGGUGGAGAACCCCAGCAACGACAUGGAAUCUGGCGGCAGGAGGACAAAGGUGCUGGUGCACUUGCCGAGCGGUCAGGCGGUGACUUCCUACUCGGCGCUGGAGCGCAUCCUGUUCGGGCUGGGUUGGGAGCGGUACUACGGCGGCGGCGGCGGCGGAGAGCCGGAGCUCUUGCAGUUCCACAAGAGGUCUUCCAUCGACCUCAUCUCCCUGCCGCGAGACUUCCAGAGGUUCAGCUCCGUCUACAUGUACGACAUCGUCGUCAAGAAUCCCAACCUCUUCCACGUCCGUGAUGAGUACAUCCACUAG